AGCUUCCCGCUUUUGUUUGCGUUUGUUUUGGACUCCGCUUAGCGACGCCUCAGCGAGCACGGCAGCGGACACGGCACACACACACACACACACACACUUUCAGGACGUUUUUCAACACCUUAGGAUCAUAGAAAGAGAACAAAAUGUUUCUGGCAGACAUUUAUCUCAAUGUAACGUGAGCAUUUAUUCAGAGUCUGGCGCUGUGAAGCUGAACUGCUAGGUUGUCGGUGGAAAAAAAAAAAAGAAGGGGGGGGGGGAUGCUAGGUUGCUAGCGUUCUCCAGCUACGUUAGCUGAGUUAGCUUAGCUGUGUGAAAGAUGCCAGGUGUUUUCUAGCGAGAUUAGAAGACUUUGUGGAGGCACAGACGAGCUGAAGCUAGAUUCAGAUAGAAGGCAUUUCCAGCUUCUCAGAUGAAUCUGCUUAGCUAGCGCAACGCCUGUUAGCUCGCUUUGAAGAAUUAGCUAGUUUGGCACCCGCGCGAGCGUUUCCACACCAGACCGGUCUGAGGAAUGGCCACCGCUUCCGGUUUCUCUUCAGGCGUGAGCGGCUCGCGGAGCGGCCCGUCUCUGUCCGCGUCCACGUCCGGAUCUGGUGGCCAGGCGCAGGGCAUGGCGGUGGUGUGGGAAUGGCAGGAUGAUGCCGGUUCGUGGCGACCGUACAGCGGUCAGGUAAGCUGCUUUAUAGAGCAGUGUCUCCAGCAUCAUCGGAGCGCAGGCCCAGCUGUCACCACCAUCUCCCUGGGGCAGAGUGACCCGAGCCUGGCCGCCUACAUCAUCGACAUCCCGAGCCUCAAGCAGUUCAGACAAGACACCGGUAAGAUCCGCUCGGUGCGACGCAGCCUGUUCCCACAGUCGACGGCACUUGUCAAUGGCGUGCUCUGGGAAUGGGCCAACGAUGAGGGCGGCUGGACAACGUAUGAAAUGCACACGUCUGGUUUGCUGGAGCACAGUUACCUAGCACGGCAGACCACGGUGGACUUGGGACCACACAGACAAAACUACGUGGUGGACCUCACAUCGCUCGAACAGAUCAACAAGAGCUCUGGUUAUCGGCGGCGCGUGCGCAGGCAGGCCGGUACGCCGUACCCUCCCGCGGCAGCCUCGGGGACGGGUUCGGUCAUCCACUCCGGCCCGGCGUGCACAUGCCAGCAGUGUUUGAGCCAUGGACCCAUGCCUGGCCGUUCGCGCCACUCUUUCUCAGCAGGAGCCGGUCCAUCCUCUGCGUAUUCUCCGUAUCCCAGAAGGCCGCUCUCUGUAGGGAACAUGGCUUGGGGAGGACCCUGGAGCCCAGCAGCUACUUCUAUGGCUCAGCAUCCAGGUCCGGUGCAGUCCUUUCCAGCUACUCCCAAUGGAUUGAGCAUUCCAUCAAUUCCCUUACAGCUGAACGGCUCCAGCAGCGUGAGUGCAGCCCUGGCAGGCAUGGCUUCCAUUUUGAUGUCAGCAGCAGGACUGGGAGUUCGCUUCAUGACCAGCCCCCCCGGCAGGCCCAACCAAGCCCAGGCCAGCUCCGUUAAGAGGGCAAAGAGACAGCACAGGACAGCUGCCCAGAAACCGGAAGAGGUCAUUAAGAAAUACAUGGAGGAAGUGCGCGUGAUCCCCGACGAGGAUUGCAUGAUUUGCAUGGAGCGUCUGUCGUGUCCUUCCGGCUACGACAGCCCUGAAGGGGGCAGCCAGGCCCUGCAGCCCAGCACAGUGGGCAAGUUCACCAAGUGUGGACACACCUUACACAUGCUCUGCAUGCUGGCCAUGUACAACAAUGGCAACAAGGAUGGCAGCCUGCAGUGUCCUUCUUGCAAGACAAUCUAUGGUGAAAAGACCGGCACUCAACCAAAGGGCAAGAUGGAAAUAUACAGCAUCCCACAAUCCCUCCCUGGCCACCCAGACUGCGGCACUAUACAGAUAAUCUACAACAUCCCACCUGGAAUACAGGGCCCCGAGCACCCAAAUCCCGGCCAGCCUUACACCUGUCGAGGUUUUCCUCGCUUCUGCUUCCUGCCUGACAACGACAAGGGCAGAAAGGUGCUGGAGCUGCUGAAGGUGGCGUGGACGCGGCGGUUGAUCUUUACAGUAGGCACGUCCAACACGACAGGCGAGCCCGACACAGUGGUGUGGAACGAGAUCCACCACAAGACUGAGAUGAUGUCGAACGUAUCAGGCCACGGCUACCCAGACCCCAACUACCUGGACAAUGUCCUGGCAGAGCUGGCAGCACAGGGCGUAAACGAGGACUGCCUGAAAAGGGACACGCCUCGGCCACGUGAGCCAGAGUAGCUUUCCCAACCCCGCGCAAAAUCGACACAAUCGCUAAAUCAGGCUCGACAAUACAGAGACACUGUGUAAGACCAUAGUAAGAUUUUAAGCAUGUAGAAAUGCUUGGAUUAAUGGCGUAUAAUCAUAAGAUGCCGUCACUGGAAAAUUGCAUCUUUGGCAAAAAAAAAAAAAAAAAAAAAAAGAA